GCCUACUAGUACUACUAGUAGUAGCAAUGGGACUUCCCCAUGCUAGACUCCUGCAUCUGGCUUAUGGACACAGUCGAUUAGCAGGCACUUAAGGGCGUUGGUCUGAUGGACGACCUCGAUACUGCGAAAGAAGCGAGACCAGAGCCUUCGACAGAUCCGCCGCUGCAAACCACAAAAGACCAAAAAAAGGUCUCACAGUAGAACGCCCUCAACCGAGUCCCUUGCGGCCAGGAAUUGCUGGUCAGUGGACAGCCGCAACGCCUUCUGACGCCUAACGAGAGGCUAUUCCGUUCCGAAGCAUCACUCCUUCGCCCUACUGGCUGGCCCUGCGCCCGUCUCCACGCCCCAGCCCAACGCCUCUCAAGCCUUGGACAGCCCACACGCACCGCCUAAAAAGCAAACCGAUCACGCCUAACUUUUUGAGGGAGCGUGAAACCGCACAUCCACGCCCAAAAUCGCAUUUGGCAGCCAGAUCAAAGCUCCACCAAAGCCCAUUUGAAGGCACAUCGCCGGUCGAUCUGGGGUCUCGAUGGUCCCGUCGUUGCGCUACAGCUGCCUGCGCAUCAUAACUCAGCCGAACCGAAUAGUACAAUGUAGUAAGUCGGUACUCUGAUCUGAUAUAUCAUCCUUUAGGCUUCCAAGAACAGCCUUUGCAAACCAUCGGCUUCGUCGUCCAUCAACUCUGUGUAACAGCCUUGUUUUCUGGCCCUUCAGUGUUUGUCUGGCUUCCGUUUCGACCACCCGUUGAGAGGCUGCUCCACCGCCCAGUGAUUUGCGUCUUCUGCCUGCUCCCUCACCGCAAACCCUUCUUUUCUAGCCCACCGGCACCCGCCAGAGUUGCGCCUCGCCUUGCACAAAACCGGCAACGCAGCAUUCCACAACUUCCAACAGCCACUGCACUGCAUCCCAUCCCUUGCUGCCAUGCGCAAAUCGCGGUCGAGCCGCCUUUCUGAUUGCAGAUGCUCCUCCCUCGCGUAUCCUCUGUCUCCUCCUGCCGGUUCCCGUCCGCUGCGGAAUCAGGCUUAGCAGGCCAUGAUUCCCAUUUGCCCUGCGGCUGCCUGCUGAGAUUGUACCAGUUCUUUGCUGGCGAACGAAGGGGUACAUGACACUGGCCAAACCUUGCUUUCUGCUAUCUCGUCUUCAUCUGUUUAAUUUCUCGUCCCUCCCUCGAUAUUCCCUCCUUGUACCUACCACGGGGGUAUAUUAUGAUUCGGACUGGUGUACAUCUUACGCUAAAUAUCUUCAAAAUUCGUGGAUAUUCUUCCUCUUGACUUGACUCAAACAUCAUUCGGCCAGGUGGUGGCCAUUUACCUCACGAGUUCUGCCACGCUCUGGCAUCCCUCACUAUUCAAGCCCACCCUCCAUAUCUGUAGUCACAGAUACCUCUACGCCGCGAUGACGAGUGACGUUCAAGUUGCGUUGGGAAAUGCACGGACCGGGCGUGGGAUUACAUCCAGCAGGAAUUCUGCUUCGAGACCACAGGCCAGAAUAGAUCGUGACUCCGACAUUGGCAAAAAUUCCUGGACUGCUACAAGUCGUUUCUGGGGCCCCAACAGAUCGUACCUGGAAGCCGACGACAGUGGACCGUUCAGACCCUCGCCUAUACGCCAAAUGUCUAGCUCAAAGUAUACUGAGGGUAAGACAGACACGAAUUCGUUCUUGAUGUUGACGGAUUCCAACAACGAGAAUGCCGGCGAUGUGCCAGUCAGAAAGGCAUGGAGUUCUGCCACGACCCCCAACGGAUUAUCCUCCAGACAUAGAGCUCAACCACUCUCACCGACCAAACAACGACAGAACCAGGGGAUGGGCUUUUUGAGCAACGAUGCCCAUGCAGAGAUGGGCGAUUCGGGUCUUUUUGCUGGCAGCUCCCCGGAUUUCGAGGAAGAUGCAUUCACCGCGCCACAGUCGCAGGAUGGCUCUCUUGGUUUCAACAACAAUUCGCGCUCUCGACCAUCUCCCCCAUGCGCAUAUGGCCGGGGCGAAGUUGACUCGCGCAUGCAAGCCCUUAACACGAGCAGGUUCAACGAGAACGGAUUCUUCACGUCACUCGCCGACUACAACGACGGCCGCCAAGGCUCAUCAAAUCCGUUUCAAUCGCCAGGCGCCAGUGGCCGGCCGUAUCUACCGCAUGAUGGUUAUGCCACAACAAGUGGGGCCGUAGUCCGAGGACAGCCCGGUGCUGCUUCGGUAUUUCAGCCUGCAACGCCAUCAUAUAGGAAUGCUGGCGCGCAGCCGAUGGGCACAGAACACGUCGACAUUUUUCAAGCUUCUGGCUCUUCUCAUCAACAAGUUGACGAGGCCAUACUCUCGUGGCGGGCACUAAGCUUGGGCCCUGCCCAGGAAACCGGCGCUCAGAUCCCUACCCCACGGCGGACUUCUGUUCCCCAGCCACAGCAUCCACGCGACAUUUUAGUCCAUCCGGACGCGACACACGUCUCGGCUCAGCCCGGCCCUUUCAGCUCCGUGGGAAGUAGGUUUCAUGCAUUUCCGGGCGAUAUUCCGUCUAUCGCCUGUCAACUCAACCAACAGAUCGUUCCUCAUUACUCUGGUCUGCCAUAUGGUGGGCGAGAAGCUCUCUCCCCACUGACGACGGAUCCAAGGAGUAGUGUGCACAGUCCAGCGUAUUUAACAUCGGGCACACCACCAACGGGACCCCAAUCUAGCCGAAGCACUUCCGCCAAUGGUAUUGCAAGCCGGGCCCCAUACAACGAUUCGCCGAUGGGCGACCGGAAGCAUCCUGCCCUGGAACAGUACGGACCCGAUUUUCCUCAUUUCACACAGAAUACAUUGCCAACCCAUAUGCCAAAUGGCUUUCCUUGCAACUUCCAGCGAACUGCUCAGCCUUUGAGAAUGAACCCACUUGCUCACCCAUACGUUGCCCCUGUACAUCCGCGUCUGAAUGGCUAUCCGACAGCUCCGCGAAUGCUGGCACGUGAGGCCGACCAGACCCACGUUGCCAGAAGUCCACUGCUUGAAGAGUUCCGUGCAAGCGGCAAGACCAAUCGGCGGUUUGAGCUCAAAGACAUUUACAACCACGUGGUCGAGUUCAGUGGCGACCAGCAUGCCUCUCGGUUCAUACAGUUGAAGCUGGAGACGGCCAACAGUGACGAGAAGGAGCAGAUCUUCAAAGAGAUCCAACCUAAUGUCCUCCAACUCAUGACGGACGUGUUUGGCAAUUACGUGAUUCAGAAGCUAUUUGAGCACGGCAACCAGGCCCAAAAGAAGGCCUUGGCGAACCAGAUGAAGGGCCACGUUCUCCAGCUUUCCAUGCAGAUGUACGGUUGUCGUGUGGUACAGAAAGCAUUCGACCACGUCCUGACCGACCAACAGGCCAGUUUAGUCAAGGAACUGGAUGGGCCGAAUCAGCAGAUUCUCAAAGUCGUCAAGGAUAACAACGGCAAUCAUGUCGUGCAAAAGGCCAUCGAACGAAUACCCGGCGAACAUAUUCAAUUCAUUGUCGAUGCCCACCGGGGUCAGAUGCUCAAGAUGUCGACGCACCAGUACGGGUGCCGCGUGGUACAAAGAAUGCUCGAACACUGCCGACCGGAAGCCAAGCGUGCCAUCUUGGAUGAGCUUCUGGAACAUACCCUGCCUCUAAUCAGCGAUUCAUUUGGUAACUACGUUGUCCAGCACAUCAUUCAGAAUGGCGAACCUCAUGAUCGGCGCCGUGUCGUCGACGUCGUUCUGCAACAUGUUUUGGCCUUCUCCAAGCAUAAAUUUGCGAGCAACAUUGUGGAAAAGAGCAUCGAGCACGCCGACGCAGACCAACGCUCUCAGAUACUUCAUACAUUGACUGCACCAGACGAGCAGGGAAACACGCCCGUGUUUGGCCUCAUGAAGGACCAGUAUGGCAACUAUGUUCUCCAAAAGGUCCAUGACCAACUCCAAGGCGCAGAGCUUUCCGCCUUGAGAGAGGACAUGAAACGCAACUUUCCGGCACUGAGACGAACCAGCUAUGGGAAGCAGGUCAUGGCGAUGGAAAAGCUCCUGUACGGUGGAGAGUGUCCGUCGCCCGAGGCGACGUGUGCAAGCAGCUGCAGUCCCAACAGCACCAAGUCCAGCAGUAACGGCGGCGAUGCUCAGGAUGUCCAUACAUCUAACGCGGGGGGCCACAAAUAACGGAUAAGCGGUCACAGGCGCACAUGAUUUGUCUUAACGCCGACGGUGACCUGCAAUUGUGGGCGCUGGUGUCACGGCAUCUGACACAGUUGCUCUGUACGGUUCAGCUUCCGCAUGUUGUCUUUGGGGUGUAAAAUGGAAAUUUGUUGCUUGUUUGGCUGGCACAAGAACUCUUGGGAAUCGUCAGGCUCGACGAUAUCCCAUGACAGUGAAUUUCAACAAUGAAUUUCAACAACUUUUGUGGUACGACAACAACCACUUAUGACGAGAAUGACAACACCUCGAUGGCGCUUUGUUUACCUUUUUGGAGUUUGGACCAUGUCUUUGUUAAGCGAAGGCGAAACGGCGGGACACAGAUAUGGCACAGUGUUUCCCUGGCAACGAUGGCUUCACUGUUGCCCCAAAAAAUGUUGUUUUAACAGAUACACUGUAGAACGGUGAAUGGUCUGGGGUUUUAAUUUCCUGGCCGUGGUCAGGGGCGGUAAUCGGAAUGUUACUGGGUGAGCUGAACCAUAUUAGGCAUCAACACCUAGAUUCAUUACAUGUGUCCUUGGGUAUGGGUCAGGGGCGACAGAGCACCUACCUACCUAGGUACAUCCCCUUCUAGGCUGGCACGUUUUGGCCUGUCUUGUACACCGCCGCUCUUCCUUACUCGGUAUUCUCAAAGUUGGGAGGGGUCAAAAUUUGCAUACUAUCCCUUUUGAGCUGUUCGGUGCGCAGUCCUGAGCUCGACAGCCUGGACUUUGGCAGAACGCUGAGGGACACCUUGAGCACCCUGAGGACGUUAUUGUACAAUGUAUAGCCGUUGGCCCGUUGCAGAGGUGACAGGUUGUCCUCCUCGGGUUUCCAUCUGCUGGAGUUUCAAAGCUUCAGAAGUGUCCAGUUCCGGAUUUCUUGCUCGAUCAUCAUGAGUGCUCUUGAAACCCUUAUGCAGCCAUCAGGUGCUGCCUAGAAUGGACAAUCGUGGAUAAGACAAGACCAUAAUGCGGCUAUGUUCUCGACCUGAGAUCAUUUUCAAUGAAUGAUACCUUGAACACUUACUCCAAGGAACAAUAGCAUAUCAGAGCGGCAGACACCUGGUAAAGGAACGGAGAGGAUUAGUAUGCCGCAUAUGUCGCGGACUUGCCUUUCCUGCCGCGACAACAUGCUCCUGGCCGCCCUGCCACAUCAUGGUCUCCCCAAGUGGCACGGAUAAAAUGAAACCCUUGGACUCGUAGAGCUAGAUGAUCAAUCAAGCCAACUAGACCGAUUUUCCUU